CCCGCCGUCGCGACCGACGGGUAGGGGAAGUCGACCCCGGCGGUUGGUUCCGCUCUGUGGAGGAGAGAUGAGGAGGCGUAGGGCUCGGGUUGAGGUAGGAAGGAGCCCGUUCCUUAACGCCUCCCGUGACGCUAGUCCCUGAGCCGUGAUGCGAGCGUGGGUCCUAUUCUCCGCGGUGCUCUGGUAUCUCGCAGGAGUUGGAUGGCAGCGAUCGUCCUUAUUCAGUAAAAAAGGCUACGUUUAUGGCCAGCCAGGACACCCAGUGAAAAUAUAUGUAAAAUUACAUCAAAAUAGCCCAGUCCUUAUCUGUAUGGAUUUUAAAUAUGCUAAGAAAGAAAUAGUGGACCCCACCUACAUAUGGAUUGGGCCUAAUGAAAAGACAUUAACAGGAAAUAAUCGAAUAAAUAUAACUAAAAUAGGAGAGCUAUUGGUGAAAGAUUUUCUGGAACCUUUGUCUGGACUUUACACAUGUACUUUUUCUUAUAAGACUGUCAAGGCAGAAACCCAAGAAGAAAAAACAAUACAAAGGAGAUACGACUUUCUGCUGUUUGCCUAUCGAGAACCUGAUUAUUCAUAUCAGAUGGCUGUACGUUUUACCACGAAGUCUUGUGUAGGAAGAUAUAAUGACCUUCUCUUUAGAGUGCUAAAGAAAAUCUUGGAUAAUCUAAUGUCUGAUUUAUCAUGCCAUGUCAUAGAACCGUCAUAUAAAUGUCAUUCUGUGGAAAUUCCAGAACGUGGCCUCAUACACGAGCUAUUUAUAGCCUUUCAAGUUAAUCCUUUUGCACCAGGAUGGAGAAGUUUAUGCAAUAAAUCUGAUGACUGUGAAGAUAUUACCAAUCAUAAUGUCCUCCAGGCAAGAAAUCGAAUAGAAGAAUUUUUUCGGAGUCAAACAUACAUUUUCUACCACCACGUUAAUAAAACUGUACCAGCUAUGCAUUUUGUGGACCACAGUUUUCAAGUAGAACGUCUGGAUAGCUGUCGACCAGGCUUUGGAAAAAAUGAAGGUCUACACAGUAAUUGUGCUACCUGUUGCGUGGUUUGUAGUCCUGGGACUUUUAGUCCCGAUGUUGAUGUUAUUUGUCAGCCCUGCAUUUCCAUCCACAUCUACGGAGCUAAAUCUUGCCCAUAAACUUCAAACAAAAAUCAGCAAUAUGAAGGCUAGAGGUGAAAGCAUUGUUACCCGCUUGUGGAGGUGGGGGACAAAUGAUUUGUUCACAUCCCAGAGCAUCAUAGAUAUUUCCAUUAAGUAACAUCAAUAAGACCAAAACACUGGUAAACAUACUUUAUGGAAAUUUUAAAAGUUGGCAUAGCAUUUCUAAGAAGGAAUUUCACCCAGUAUCUCUAGUAUACAAAGAAAGGAAAGUUUUAAGUAUUAGUGGAUGAUUUUUUAAUGAAAUAUGUUUUGUUGUUUACAAACGGAAUCUGUUGCUCUUGUACCUAAGACUAUAUUAAGGUUAAGAAGAGUGGCAAAGUAUCAUAUAAUAAAAAUUUUAUACUUCUAUAUAUUAAUUUGUUUAUUGUUAUCACUCAUAUGAAAUAAAGGCGUAUAUAUUACCUUUAUAAUUAAAACCAAACAAUUAUUUGUUUUGGUCUGUUUGCUUUUAUUUUUAAAAAUAAUGGAUUCACUGUGAACUCAUGAUGAUUUACAGGUGGCUCAUGCCUCUAAUCCUUGCAGUCUAGGAGGCCAAGGUGAGUGGAUUGCCUGAGUUCACAGGUUUGAGACCAGCCUGAGCCAGGGCCAAAAAUAACUAGGCACUGUGGCAGGUGCCUGUGAUCCCAGUAACUUGGGAGGCCAAGGCAAGAGAAUUGCUUGAGCCCAAGAGUUUGAGGUUGUUGUGAGCUAUGGUGGUACAGCACUCUACCAAACAGCAACAAAAUGAGACUCUGUCUCCAAAAAUAAAUAAAUAAAAUAAAAUAAUGGAUUUUGUUUUUUCAGUAUAAGUUUAGAUUUACAGAAAAAUUGAGCAGAUGAUACGUUAGAGUUCAAUAUACCACUCCACCCCACACUUUCAUCCCUUCUCACAAUUUCCCCUAUUAUUACCACUUGCGUUGGGUAGCACAUUUGUUGCAAUUAAUGAACCAAUAUCCAUACGUUGUUAUUAACUAUAGUCCAUAGUUUAUAUUAAGAUUCAUUCUUUGUGUUGUAAAGUUCUUUGAGUUUUGACAAAUGGUUAAUGACGUGUCUGCCAUUUCAGUUUCACACAGAAUAGUUUUACCACCCUGAAAAUCCCCUGUGCUUCACCUGUUUAUCCCUCCCCACCCUAAGCC